CGAAAAGAUAAAGCUGCGUUGUAGCAGUAGUAGUAGUAGCAGCAGCAGCGACCUCGCCAAUGUCGCUCUUCGCCCCCUCGCGAGGAGGACGACGACCCCACGCCCACGCUCCGCCCCUCUCCUCCGUCUCCGACGCCGUGCGCCACCGUCUCCGGCGGCGGCGCCGCUUCCUACUCCCCCGCCUCCAUCCGCCACCCCCGCCGCCAUCCAUGGCUCUCUCCUCCGACGACGACGAUCUCGCCCGCCUCCGCCGCAUCUCCACUAGCAGGAGGAGCUCACUACUCACUCUCCUCACCUUCCUAAUCCCAUCCCCCCCCUCCGCCGCUUCCGAGUCCGAGGGUUUGGAGCGGUACACCGAUCGGGACGAGGGGUUCACCCUGUUGAGGCCUUCCUCUUGGAUCAAGGUGGAGAAGGCGGGGGCUACGGCCCUGUUCGAAGAAGGGAAAGGGGGAAAUAGCAUUGGAGUUGUGGUGAACCCCGUGCGCCUCUCCUCGCUUCGGGAUUUUGGGACUCCGGAGUUUGUCGCCGAUAAGCUUAUACAAGCGGAACGGAGAAAGGAAAGCACCAUGGCUGCAGAGUUGAUUGCAAUUGCCGAGAGAUCAAACCAUGGUGGCUUACCGGUGUACGAGAUCGAGUAUUCGGUGGACAGCACAAGGGGAGGAUUGAAGAGAAUAUUUUCAGCUGCGUUCGUGGCUUCUAGAAAGCUCUAUCUUCUCAAUAUCGCCUACUCAGAUCGUCCGGAUAAGCCCUUGGACGGCGAAACUAGAACGGUCUUGGAACAGGUUCUUCAUUCUUUCGAUACGGUCUAGUGAAACUUUUGACCCUACAGAAGAGAGGCAUGUCGAUAUUCGCGAUGUUGUUUUUCGCCAUUAUUUUGAUACGAAGAUCAUUUAAUACUUCAUUGUUGUUUCUUCCGAAACUAAUUGUAAUGCAAUUGAUAAGAAGAUGCAUUUGAAAAGAUAUGCAGAUGCUCAUCUUUUCUUCUGAUACUGAAACCUGUGGCGAGUUGCUUUUUGAGUAUAGUUGUUGUAAAUGAGAAGCUACCAAUCAUUUCAUUA